AUGACUCCCCAAGACCCUGCUCCCAACGCCCCUCAUGCGCAGAUUUCCGUCACGACGAAGGUAACCUACGAGCAAGUGUUCAAGUAUGAGUACACUCAAGAGGUCUACGCCCGCAAGAUUCAGAAGGACACUGAAAUAGCGCGCGAGGAAACUCAAAAGUUCAUGGGACCAGUCGAGGGUCUUGAACCUCCAAAGGACAUCCCAGCACUUAAUCAGAAGGUGAUGAAAGAUGGCAAGAUAGCCCCGCUUAUCCCUCCCCGUCAUGGUCACUUUAAAGUGGGCAUUGUUGGUGCCGGAGCCGCAGGACUCUUCACCAGUCUUGCUAUUGACUGGAUCAACAACAACAUUGAGAGAUACAUGGGGCCAGGGCAUCUGAAGAUCGACUACGAGAUCCUAGAAGCGGCCAGUGAAGAACGCUUUGGAGGGCGAUUGUACACCCACCGUUUCAGCAAAGACGGCACGCACGACUACUACGACGUCGGCGCCAUGCGGUUCCCGAAGAACAAGGUCAUGGAGAGGACCUUUCGCCUUUUUGACUUUCUUGACAUCAAAGAAGGCGAGCUCGGCGAAAGAACGAGUCCCACUGAUUGGCCUGUUCGCGUCCCCUACUUUCUUCAUGAUGACAAUGGCGUUUGCCCCUCCUACUUUAACAAUGUCAAGAAGACUGGGAACGCUUGGAACGGCACAGAGAUUGACCCUUUCAACUUGAACCAAGGCAUCAAACCCGACCAACAGAUCCCCCCGCAUUUGACCAAGGCCAACCCCGCCACGCUCUUUGAGCAAGCCAUCGAAGGAUUUUUGAAAGACGUUCACGACCGUUUUCGGCCGAAGGACGAACACGGCAACAUUCGAGCCAGGACUCCGGAUGAAGAUGAGAAGCUUUGGACCUUGCUCAUGAAUGCAGAUAAGAUGAGCGUUCGGCAAUUUCUACUCUCCGUGGAAAACCCCAAGCCUAUCCCGAGAGGCCCCGGAUAUAGUUAUAGCACGAUUCAAUGGCUGGAGACUGCCACAUAUGGCACCGGCUGGUAUGACCAAAGCUUGACAGAAGCAGUUUUGGAACAACUGGACUUUGCUGAGCCCGAGUUUCACGCACUCGAGCCGGGCGAUAAACGACCAAACUAUUGGUGGUGCAUUGAUGGAGGUGCUCAAAAGAUUGCCGAAACCAUGCGCAAGAAGAUGAAGGAUCCUUCCAUCAUCAAAUACAACACCCAAGUUGUGGGAAUGGAUGCAGAUGUUCAGCUCGAACGAACAGUCAGGAGAAAGAUGCAACUCAACCUCAAGAACACCAUCACCGGCGAAUCGCUGGAGCCACGUCAAUACUUUGCAGUGUUCAACUCUACAACCCUUGCUGCUGCUAACCGUAUGGAUCUUUCCAAUGCUGGCCUUCUCUGGGAUACGAAGCAGGCUAUUCGGUGUCUUGGCUAUGGUGCUUCCUGUAAGGUUGGCAUCAAGUUCAAGACGGCAUGGUGGCGCGAAACACCUUUGAAAAUCACCAAUGGAGGGGUGGCUCGGACGGACUUACCUCUUCAAGUCUGCGUUUACCCGUCUUACAACAUCGACAACGACAUAGAUCCCAUCGAGAAACCAGCUGUUCUACUGGUUUCUUACACAUGGGGCCAGACAGCUCAGCGCAUCGGUGCUCUUAUCGCUUCGAAAUCCCGUAACAAGCGCAAUGAAGAGAUAUUGCAGGAAGAAGUUGAGCUGAAGAACCUUCUUCUGCGCGACCUCGCCUAUCUCCAUGCGGAGGACCCGAAGGACCCGGAGGACCCGAAUAAACUGAUGGACCCGAAGGACCCGAAGUAUCCGAAGGCACAGAAGAAGAAGUUCCAAAAAGCUCUGGACCGUAUCACGGGCGAAUACAUCGAGCACCAUGCCUACGACUGGUAUCACGACCCUCACGCAUCUGGGGCAUUCGCCUACUUUGGCCCUUGUCAAUUCAGCGAACUCUAUCCUGCAAUUGCGAAACCCAACGCACUCGGCCAACUGUACUUCAUAGGCGAGGCUGCUUCAUCUCACCACGCCUGGGUAGUGGGCGCUUUGGAGAGUGUCGUUCGUGCUCUAUGGUCCAUGUUCAAUGCGCUACACCAAGCCAGUAUAGCCGUUGAUGGGAAAGGCUACCCGGCCUACAAGUGGGCUAUGGAUUUGCUUGAGAAAGGGUCGGUCAAUGAUCCUGAUGACGAAGAGAAAUAUAAGAUUCCACCCAGUUCGGAACCCAUGCCGUUCUACCCAUUGCCCUCGGAAAUGAGGGAACGCAAAAAGGCCGGUCGUAAAGAUGAUAAGAAGGAGCGUGUGGACCACCCAGUUGUGGGUGACAAUACGAAAAUUCUUAUGGUUGGAGCCGCUUUGGUUACCUUGUCCGUGGUUGAGUACGGCCUGCAGUACUUCUGGGGCGAGGAAGCCGGGAAGGACAAAAAGAAGCCGGGUGAUGAUAGCCAAAAGCCGCAGGCAUCAAUCGAAGAACACGGAGAUGAGUAG